AUGGAAACAACCACAACCCCAGACUUUGACACAACCACAUCACCAACCAUUGAAUCAACCACAUCACCCAGCAUGGAAACAACCAUAGAAACAACCACAUCACCAAUGAUCAAAACCACCACAUCCCCAACCUUUGAAAGAACCACAUCACCCGCCAUUGAAUCAACCACAUCAACAAACAUCGAAACAACCACAGCUCACACUACUGAAGCACCCACAACCUCAACCAUGAAAACAACCGCAACACCCAGCAUGGAAACAACUGCAUCCCUAGCCAUGGAAACAACCACAGCACCAUCCUUUGAAACAACCACAAGCCUAACCAUUGACAAAACCACAUCACCAAGCAUUGACACCACCACAUCCCCAGCCAUGGAAACAACCACAUCAACGACCAUUGUAACAACCACAUCUCCAGAUAUUAAAACACCCACAAGUUCAACCAUCGAAACAACCACAUCACCCACCAUCGACACAACCACAUCACCAUCCAUCGAUACAACAUCCCCCAGCUUGGAAACAACCACAUCACCAACCAUUGACAUAGCUACAUCUCCAACCAUUGAAACAACCAGAACAUCAACCAUUGAAACAACCACAUCACCCAGCAUGGGAGCAACCACAUCCCCAACCAUCAAAGCAACCACAGUACCCAGCAUCGAAACAACAACAUCCCCAACCACUGAAACAACUGCAGCAGCAAGCAUAGAUACUACCUCAUCACCCAGUGUGGAAACAACCACAUCAACCAGCAAGGAAACAACCACAUCCCCCACCAUCGAAACAACCACAUCCCCAACCAUCGAAACAACCACAUCCCCAACCAUGGAAACAACCACAGGAAACUACCACUGCAACAAACAUCGAAACAACUACAUCAGUAACCAUGGAAGCAAACACAUCCCCAACCACGGAAACAACCACAUCACCGACCAUCGAUACAACCACUGCAACAAACAUCGAAACAACCACACCCGUAACCACGGAGGCAACCACAGCAUCAACCAUGCAAACAACCACACCACCCACCCUGGAAACACCCACACCACCAACCAUUGA